UCAGGGUUCUCCGGGGCAGAGCAGUGAGUGAUAGACAGACGGAGGGAGGCCAGCGCUUCAGCCUCUCUCCCGCCGGACACGCUCACCUCCACGCCUGACCCCCAGGUCUCCGCCUCCCACGCCCCACCGUCCGCAGGAACACUCCCAGCGCCGAGGAAGGAGCCGGUUCAUCAGGGUGGAAUCAGCUUUCCCAUGAGCGUGAACGCCACUAGGCCACCAUGUUGGGUCCGGGUGUGAGACUAUAUCCCGUCCACAUCCAGACCCUGUCUGAGCUGGAGCGUGCACGCCUGCAGGAGAUAGCACACUGCCACCUGGAGGAGAGAGAGCUGGAAUUCAAGAUAACCAUUCCCCGAGAGUACAGAAAGAGGAGGAAGUCUCUGCGGAAGAGGUUCGAUUCCUUCUCAAAGGAGAAGAAAGAAAGAGAAAAGACACCCAAGGCUUUCGGGAUUCCCCUGUCCCAGGUGAUUGCUAACGACCGGGCGCACAAGCAGAAGCAGGAUGCCCUGAAGGAGAGCCGGAGAGACUGCCUGGACCUGGAGGCCAGUGUGCUGAGUUUCCGCGCCCAGCAACUGCAGCUUAGCAACAGCCUGGCCACCUCCCUCCCACCUACGCCUCAGCAGGAACCCAGCACCUGCCCCCGCUCAUCCACCCCCCUCUCUAAGCCCUUGCGCUCACGUCGCAGGGGAGGGCUGUCCGUGGACUGCAUCUCUGACCUUGUAGAGAGUCAGUCCCGCCUGCUGGAGGCGCUGCAGCUCUCUCACCCCUAUGAGUUGGAUGGGAAGAAGGCGGCGGACCGCGCCCAGGCCAAGCUCAGCCUCAACCCCAUCUACUGCCAAGUGCCGCGUGUGUUAGAGCAGUGCUGCCGCCACAUCGAGGCCCACGGUCUGCAGACUUUAGGGAUUUUUCGUGUUGGGAGCUCCAAAAAGAGAAUCAGACAGCUACGGGAGCACUUUGACCUGGGCGUGGAUGUGGUCCUGGAUGAGGAGCACAGUGUGCAUGACAUCGCAGCCCUGCUGAAGGAGUUCCUGCGGGACAUGCCCGAUCCCCUGCUCCCCCGAGAACUCUACCCCGCCUUCCUGCACACCAACAGUCUGAGGGGGGCGGAUCAGCUGUCCUACCUGCAGCACCUACUCUACCUGCUGCCCCCCUGCAACUGCGACACUUUGCUGCGGCUGCUGACGCUCCUGCACACCGUACAGCGCCACGCCCAGGACUCUGUCGGCCCUGACAACCAGAAGAUCCCAGGGAAUAAGAUGACGGCCAUGAACUUGGCGGUAAUCUUCGGGCCGAACCUGCUGCAGCGUGAACGCGGCUCGGAGAGGGAGCUGCGCGCCACGACCGCCGAAGACAGCGCCACCAUCAUCGCCGUCACCCUGUUACUCCUACAGAAGCACAGACUGCUGUUCAUGGUUUCUGCAGCUCUACAGCAGGAAGUACUGCUGAGCCUCUUACAAACAGAUCCUGACAUCAUCAAUUACCUCCUGCGCAGGAAACUCAGUGGUUGUUACCAGAGAGUGGAGACGGAGGCCAGUAGGAGAGGGGUCCCCAGGGCCUCGCUGGACUCUGUGGAGCUGGCCAGCGGCGAGCAGUCGCCUCUGGAUUCCCCAACCCCGUUCUUCCCUGAUUCCCAGGCUGAUGACUGCUUCAGCAGCACGGUCUUCCUCAGGGUGCUGCAGGUCAACCAGAGCAGGAAACGCUCUACAGAGGACAGGUCCCAGCGGUCCAUCGCCCAAAUAAGGCAGUUCCACUCCCACCACAACCUGAUGAGCUUGGCCCGGCCCGUGCCACCCGGCAAUGACGACGCCCAGAAAGGCAGCUCAGGGGAGGGGGAGUCGCCCUGUGAGGGUGGGGCUAUGGGCGGAGCCUUCUCCCCUGCUGAGAGGACUGUUCUUUUCAGCCUAGGUCUGGACCCCGACAAUUCCCCCCUCCCUUUCAGCCCAAGGGAAAAAUCCCAGCCCACACACUUCUGGGACUUUUUCAGCCGGAAGUCUUCUAGCUCUGAGAACACUGUAUGACCCAUACUCACACGCAUGCGCACACCCUCACACACACAAACACACACUCACUCAUACAUAUGCACACACCCUCAUACUCUCACACACACAUAUGCACAUACAUGAACACACAUUUGUGUAUGCACUUGCACAUCCAUACAUGCAGUGUGCAUACACACUUAUCCACAGAGGUAUUGGAGCGUUGUCUGUUGGUUUUUUGGUUUUUGCCAACGUCACUGUUGAUUACGGACAAAAAUGAAUACCCAGCGAAGCCUGGUAUUUUUAUUUAUGAUUUUAUAUCCCAUAUAAUCUGGAGGAAGAUCGUUGGGGUGAAGUUUUUGUGCUGUUCAUUUUUCUUGUAAGUGGACUGCUUAGCUUGGAGAGGACACUGUAACUGCAGACACAGCACAGAAACACUCUCAGCACUGAGCAACUGCCACGGAUUUAUCCAGGAAGUAGAACUUCAUGACUGCUCCUUUUUUAUUCAGAAUUCCAUAUUAUUUGUUGCCAAAACGAAUCACCAUGUAAGUAUCGGCCAAUCAGAGAUUGUUUCCCAUGCGUAUCUUUCUUCUGGUCAUUGUGCAAUAAAGAUAAAAAUGUAUUCUGCUA